AUGGGAUGGUUUCCAUUUUUAUUCUAUUCCACCACAUGGGUAUCUGAAAUAUUUGUACGCGAUUCUCAAAAAGGCGUUGGUACAAAAUUAGAUGGCACACAAGCAGGUUCAUUUUCGCUAUUGUUAUUUUCAAUCGUAAGCUUGGUUGCGUCAUUUGUUCUGCCAUUAUUAGUUACCCCAUCAGACACUGACGUCCCUUUAAGAGAACUUUCCAUGAAACAACUUUUGAGGUUACCAUUACCAUUUCUGACCUUACCAAAACUAUGGACAAUUUCACAUUUCAUUUUCGCAUUUGCAAUGAUGUCAACCUGGUGGGUGGGAAAUGUGGUUCAGGCUGACUUGAUCAUCGGAUUUAUAGGUGUAACGUGGUCGAUAUCAAUGUGGGCGCCAUUUUCACUUCUAGGCGAAUAUAUUAAACAAAAAGAAUCCGGUGCCGCUGGAGGGAUAGGUUGUGAAGGGGAUGAAGGUGCGCAGAUGUAUAGAUUGGUCGAGGCUAGAGAAGAUGAGGAGAGGGAAUGUAAUGGAUUGGGUGAAGAUAAUCUCAGCACAUCACUUAUAAGUCCGAGUAAUAGUAAUCCGAUUGUUGCUCUUCAACAAGAUCACUAUGGGAAUGAGGACAUCGUUAGCUCCGGCACAAUAUUGGGAAUUCAUAAUAUGUUUGUAGUGUUUCCACAAUUCUUCGCAACUUUCUUUAGUAGUAUAGUAUUUGCCAUAUUGGAACCUGUGGAUAAGGGUCCUACUGAUGAAGGAGAGCUGGAUGCGGGAGUGGACUCGAUAGGGUUCGUAUUGAGGUGUGGGGGAUUGGUGGCCAUUGUCGCGGGGUAUUUGUGUAUAAGAUUCUACAUCCUUAAAAAAUAA